AUUAUAAUACGUGCUUACUCAUUAUAGCUAUGAUCUCUUGUUCUGUUAACAUAAUAUCGUAUUGUAAAUCGGUAAGCAGCAAGCAACGAAUAUAAAAUGCACAUUGCUGUUGAAGGCUGCUGCCAUGGAGAGCUCAAUAAAAUAUACGAGACUCUUCAAUUCAUUGAGAAAAAGGAAGAAAUUAAAAUCAGCCUCGUGUUAUGUUGUGGUGACUUCCAAGCAGUUAGAAAUGAAGCAGAUUUAAAUUGUAUGUCGUGCCCCGAUAAGCAUAAGUCUAUGCAGGAUUUCUGGGAGUAUUACUCUGGCAAGAAGGUUGCACCUUACCUUACCAUAUUCAUAGGCGGGAAUCACGAAGCAUCAAACUAUUUGCAGGAAUUGCCAUUUGGUGGAUGGGUUGCUCCGAAUAUUUAUUUCCUUGGUUAUGCUGGUGUGGUGAGCUACAAAGGAAUCAGAAUAGGUGGCCUAACUGGGAUUUUUAAGCAGCAUGAUUAUUCUAAAGGCCACCAUGAAAUCCCACCUUAUAACCAAAGCACAAAACGGAGUGUUUAUCAUAUAAGAAAUAUUGAAGUUUUCAGGCUAAAACAGCUGAAGAAAGACAUGGACAUCAUGAUGUCACAUGACUGGCCCAACGGUGUAGUUGAACAUGGAGACAAGGAAGAAUUAUUGAGAAAAAAAACAUUCUUUAGAAAGGAUGUAGAAAACAACCAGCUAGGUAGUUUACCGGCAUGGCAACUACUGACAGCAAUAAGACCUCACUAUUGGUUCUCAGGCCACCUUCAUGUCAAGUUUGCUGCAAUAAUUGACCAUGAAGUGAAUGAAUCAACUCCUACUAAAAAUAACCAAACUAAGUUUCUUGCACUUGACAAGUGUUUACCUCAUCGUGACUUUCUUCAAGUUAUCGACAUACCUUGCCAAGAAAACCUUUCAGAUGAACUUUAUUAUGAUGCAGAGUGGCUCGCAGUUCUCAAGGAGACAAAUCAUCUAACAUCCGUCUCUCCAUCCUCCUUCAUUCUUCCUACUCCCGGUCUUCAUGAGAAAUCAGAUUUUUCAGUUGAUGAAGAAAAAAUUGAAGAGGUGAUAAAACAACUGGAUGGGGAUUUAAAAAUCCCUCGCAACUUCAAACCAGACUCCUCCUGUUUUUACGAUCCACAAAAUCACCGUCGACACAGUGUCGUCCAACACAGAAUUAACAACCAAACCACUCAAAUGUGUCUGAAACUUGGUAUUACAGAUCCCAUCAUUAUGAUUAUGGAGUCAAAACGUGAAAGUAUGAACCGGAAUUCACUUUUAAAUGAUUCUUCAUGGAUAAGUGGGGACGAUGGACAUAGUACCGUGAUAAGCAACGUGUCAAUCAACCCCGAUGAAAUUGACCUUGGAGACUCAGAUACUGAAGAAGUUACUGAUGUGAAGUUAGCAGAAGAAUCCCCACAAGAUGAAGGAGCAACUACGACUGAUGAUGCAGGAGCAACAUCUCUCUCCUCUAUGUCGGAGGAAGAAGUGGAAACAGGUGAAACAAAGCAAGACGCUCCCUUCAAAACUCCGAUCCGGUUAGCUGCCCGCUUCUCGAUGAACCUCCCAUCCCCCGUCAACGAUCCUCUCUCAUCCACUCCCCUCCGGACUUCAAACACAACAUCCUCAGAGACAGAAAUGCCAUUUUCCCCUGUCUCUUCCUCUGAUUCAGACAUUGGCAACAACCAUGUUUGUCCCAAACGACAGAGCGACACAGACUCAGAAGUAUCUGACUCUCAAACUAAUCCAGCUCCCCCUAAGUUUAAACGACGAAAUUUUGCUUGUUACUCGCAAAGUGAAGAUGACACUUGAAGUUUUCAAGUUACAACAACAGCGCUGUUUUGUUAUUAUUUCAAUCCUGCAAAUCCAUUGCAAUGAAUUUCGAAUAGAGAUGCUUUUUUUCUUAAUGUAAGAAACAUUUUAAGCCAUCUUAUUUUAAAGGCUGAACAAAAUUUGUUUUCGAAAAUGAAUUUGACACCACUGUGGGUUAUUUGUCAAACAACUGCUCAAAUUAUUCUUUGCCGUAUAAUUUAAAUGAAAAUGCUGUAUAAAUAGAAACAAACAUAAAAUAAACCAAAAGGGUCCAGUUACAAGAAGUAGUGCACGGCACAAAUCACAGUUUUACACGAUAUUAUGGAAUUUAGUAUCGAUUGAACAAUGGUUGUGCUUAGCCUAAAUUACAGAUCAACGGUACACAUACCGUUGUACAGAUAUACCACCUUUUAAUAUUUACUAGAGAUGACAAUGAUUGACACUUAAGUGGGCAAGAUAAUAAGCACCUACCUAGCAU